UUGGGUCAGGACGAGGAUGUAAAUACAUAUAUCAAUGGAAGCACCUGGUCUAUUGGUGACUGCAUCGACUGUUACUGCCACAAUGGCGUUAUCUCGUGUUCUAGAACGCUGUCAGUUAUUACAUCUAAUGACACAAACACUGAUAACUGUAGUCAACCGGAUUGUGACGUAGCGGCGUUUUUGAAAGCAACUAGAGGAAUCUGUAAAGUUUGCAUUUGGAGGAACCAAACAUAUCCGGAAGGCUACCGCUGGGCAGAGAAUGGAGUUGACUUCUUUUGCAGCUCAGAAAAGCAGAGAGUGAGGCAUGGGUGCUACUUGAAAGCUGGUCACGUGCAAUGUACAGGGGCUUUUACAGGAGUACGAAACUUAUCACUCAUAUCUGAUGAAAGAUUGUACCUCUGUAAGAGUGGAGAUGAGAUAAGAUCACUUAACGACAGAUGUGAUCAGAAAGCAGACUGCAGGGACGAGUCUGACGAGAGAGACUGCGUUCAGUAUUUCUGUCCAUUUGGCACUAAGUUCAAUAUGUACUGGGAAAGAACUGCCCUGAAUGAGAUUGUUGUAAGGAACUGUUCAGAGGUGGAUCCAGAAUUAGGAGGAUAUUCCACGAGCCGUUGUUCUUCACAAAAUGGUCGUAUGACAACGUGGAGUUUCAAAGAAAGCUGUUUUUGCGAAAAAAAAUCCCUUCGUCAAGAAUUCAGGCAUAAACUAUCCAUAAUGAAUCUAACAAACAUUUUGGAACUAACAAGAGGAUUUGUGAACAAGGCCACUAACUUUACAAACAAAGAACUGUUCUUUAAUUAUCUAAGCCUUUGGUUUAAAAGUGGAGCUCUCCUACUAAAUCCAGUCAACCAUUCCAACGAUAUGGUGGCGCUCAAUUUCUCACAGGCCAUGUUCCAAACAACUCAGACCGAAAACGUUUUCAAGCCUCAGUCAGACUCCUUUUGUCCCAAAAAAGUGACGUACUGGCAGCGCUGGUCAUUAAUGCAAGAUAUCAAGGAAUUUAAUUGCGGGGCCUCAAAUCUGACGCAUACCUUCCGGUUUUGUUUCACUCCGAUACCGAUGGAAUAUGUAUUUCCUCUUCCAUUUAUCGGAGGCAACUUAAGCCCAGAAUCUCCUCCUAUAACUAUCCAUUGGCUGCGAUCGGUCCUAAAACUGAGGAUUGAUCCAAAUCAGCUGUCCUUAGGAAGUGAUACUGUCAGCUCCCUUUCACUUCCUCCGGGAAACAUCACUAGCGAGAUGAAUUUCAGUCGCGUACUUGUUCCUCUUCAACGUUUCAACUGUGCUUGGAUUGAAUAUGACGUGAAUGGAACGUUAAAAAUCACAGCCAGGGAAGUUAGAGAUGAGGAAAAAGAGAGGAAAGCUAUGGCUAAAAUUCACCUGGAUCUUAUUCUCAGCGGCAUUUCUACAGUGGUUGUCGUAAUUUGCUUAAUACUGCUUUCCUGCCUAAGGAUAAGAAACUCCGAGAGAAUAUUUGUUCAUAAAAACCUUUUAAUAUCCAUAUGCCUGGUUUACAUCGUGAUGAUUUUAGACUCGUGGAUUUUUACAAACAGGAAGCAGACACCGAAAUUAUGUUCAGCUAUAGCUGUCCUCCAACAUAUAACACACACCGCUAUUUUCACGUGGAUGUUGGUUGAAGGAAUUCAUCUUUACAUCAAGCUGGUGAAAGUGUUUUCAGUCCACAAGCUCUAUAUCACAUACGUUGUCAUCGGGUGGGGUUUACCAGUUGUUAUUGUGGGUCUAAUAGCAGCCAUCAGACCUGUGACAUAUGAUAUGAGUAAGACAUACUACAAGGACGUCCUGUGUGGAUCACUGAAACUUUCAGCGGAGAUUAUACGUGACAGGUGCUGGCUUAAUGACGGUGAAUGGCUGCAUAAAGGACCAAUCUUGGCAAUUCUCGUGUUCAAUCUGGUGAUAUUUGUAAUUCUGCUGAGAGUUAUCUUCACCAAGAUAUCGGACAAAUAUCAGACUGAUAAUGUAGAGAAGACCAGAAAAGGAUUGAGGAGCAUCGCAGCUCUACUGCCCCUGUUGGGUGUCACGUGGCUGCUGGGGUUCUUUAUCCACUGGAGUGAAGUCCUUGCGUAUUUGUUCAUCAUACUCAACUCGACUCAGGGUUUGGUGUUUUGCAUCUUCCAUGGCUUCUUGGAUGACCAGGUGAGAGAGAGUUUGCUCAGAUUCAUUAGAAGGACACGAUUAGGAAUUUUGACCCAAAUUUGCAGAUCUAUUGUAUCAACAACUACUCAGUUGUCACCUGCAGGUUCGAUAAAUGACCAAGCGAACACGGGUCAACGCCCAGGGAUUGCUGAAAUGAAGCAUUUAGAUACUAAACUUUAAUGGUGUCUCUUGAUGGAAAAAAAAAAGCUCCUUCUAACUUUGUAACAGCUAAUUCAGUUUUUUAACCUAUUUGACGCCUUGAUAUGAAGCUAAUGGCUGCAGUGAACAAAGACAAUUUUUUUCCGUACUAGUGCUGUUUAAGGAGGUCAGUUGUGUAGAAAGAACGUACCUCAGGCAAGCAUACUAUAUAUUUAGUCAGUGAUACUUAAGGAAUGUUUAAAAAAUGCAAAGUGGGACAUGAACAAUUCCAUAAGGAAAUAAAAGAAACUUAUUAUUAAAAGCUUAUUGAUGUAGGAAAAUGAACAAGAAUUAUUGUUAUUAUUUAGAAUCUUAGUCACUAACAGAGUCCAUCCACUGUACAUACAGUGUUAAAUAUUCCGUUCAACUGCUUUCAUUAAAGAUAAAGUUUUGCCUCCAA